AUGAGGGGGGGGACUGUUGGGAGUAAACUGCCAAAUUCCGGAAAUUCCCUAGAACUUCAAGUACCAAGCUAUACUCGAAAGGGUAUAAGUGGAUGAACUAAUCACUCAUGUAUGGUAACAAGCUUGAAGGCUUCUGAAAAGAACGUGGGUUAUCGCGGAUCUAAGUCAGUAGUAUGUAAUAAUAUUACUGUAAAAGAGCAACGAGUAUACGGUAGUUGAUGUGGUACUAAUUUACCACAUUUAAGAUGUACUCUAACGGGUUUCGAAAGAAACUAUCAAGUUAAAAUCCCUUCUUAUCAAAUUAUUCAAAGACGACUUUAUUCUACUGAAUCAGACUUUAACCAAAAUAUAGAAAAACUUCCUCAACUAAAUGAACCCUGAUUUAUAUCAGGAUUUGUAGAUGCGGAAGGGUGUUUUCUUAUUUUAAUACGUAAAUCACCUAAAAACAGAUUAGGUUGGCAAUUAGAAGCGAACUUUACCAUCAAUCUUCAUGUUAGAGAUAUAGAAUUAUUAAAACUUAUACAAGCUUAUUUUGGAGGAGUAGGAAGAAUAGGUAAAGAAAGAAAUAAUUGUCGUGAGUUUACUAUAAGCUCUUUAGCCCAAAUUAUAACCAAAGUAAUUCCUUUUUUUGAUCAAUACCCUUUAAAAACCCAAAAAUAUUCUGAUUACUUAUUAUUUAAGGAAGUAGUUAUGAUGAUGCAACGUGGGGAACAUUUAACAAAUGAAGGUUUACAAAAAAUAAUAAAUAUUAGAGCUUCUCUUAAUAAAGGAUUAAGUUUAUUACUAAAAGAAGCCUUCCCUACUAGUGUUGCUGUAUCAAGACCACCAUUACCAUUAGAUAAUACUAAAUUACAUCCUCAGUGAGUAGCCGGUUUUACAUCUGGUGAUGGUUGUUUUAAAGUUAGCACUAGGGAAUCUAAAUUAUAUAAAGCAGGAAGUCGUGUAGUAUUAGUUUUUGUAUUAACUCAACAUAUUAGAGAUGAAUUAUUAUUAAAAAGCUUAAUAAAUUUCUUUGGAUGUGGUCAANNUNAUAGUUAUAAAGAUUAUAUAGAGUUUAGAUGUCAAUCAUUAAANCAUAAUUUGGAAAUUAUUUUACCUUUUUUUGAUAAAUACCGUAUCCUUGGUGUGAAAGCACAAGACUUUAAAGAUUGAGCUAAAGUAGCGNAAAUGGAAUGANCGCGAACAAAGGUUUCAUUUAACUAA